AUGGACGUGGACAUGGACGUGGACGUGGACGUGGACGUGGACAUGGACGUGGACGUGUACGUGGACGUCGACGUGGAAGUGGACGUGGACGUGGAGAACUUGGACGUGGACAUGGACGUGGACAUGGACGUGGACGUGGAUGUGGACGAAGACAUGGGCGUGGAUGUGGACGUGGACGUGGGCGUGGACGUCGACAUGGACUUAGACGUGGACGUGGACGUGGACGUGGACGUGGACGUGGUCGUGGACGUGGAUGUGGUCGUGGACAUGGACGUGGACGUGGACCUGGACAAGGACGACGACGUGGACGUGGACGUAGACAUUGACGUGGACGAGGACGUGGACGAGGACGUGGACGUGGACGUGGACGUAGACAGGGACAUGGACUUGGACAUGAACGUGGACGUGGACAUGGACGUGUUCCCAUACUGA